AUGAUAAGUUCACUUUAUGGAUAUUAUAUUGGAAAUAGAUUUGGUGAUACUGAUUUUGAUUCUGCAAAUAAUGUUGUUGAAAAAAUUGUUAUUAAUCUUAGUGGUGGAGUUAAUUUCCGAUUGGGAUUUUUACUCGAACGAAAAGAUAAUGAUCACGAUGAUGAUGAUGAUGCUGGUAAACUUACUGAUAAAUUUAAACCUCAUUAUGAUGUGCAUUUAUAUGAUCCAAAAUAUUGUAAGAAAAAUCAUGAUUCAUAUGCUGGUUUUAGAAGUCAAUAUAUUAAUAUGGCUAUUUCAUUAGAAUCAAAUAAUGAAUCAAGUUAUAAUACUAUUCAUUUAUCACCGGGUGUAUUUGUACAAUUUUUUAGUUGGUGGAAAUUAUUUGCAAGUAAUAUGCAAUUACCAAUUAGAAGAGGCAGAAUGUUUGAUGAACCUAAACAGUCAGUUAAGUUUUCUCAACAUUUAUUUUCCAACAAGUUUUCAUUUAUUAUGAAAUCUUUAUUUAUUGCUCAUGUCUAUCGUGAUGAAAUUAUUGAUUUAAAUAACGAUAGAGUUGAAUGUGUUGGAUUAAGAGGUAAAGUUGAUGAAUUAAUGAUUGAUUUACAUCAAAGUAAAAGUUUCAAGAAAGAUGAAAAAUCAUCUUCAAAAAUGGAAUUUCAUAUUGGUGAAGUAUUAUUAUCAUCAAUUGAUUUACGUGUUAUGCAUGCAUCAUUUCUUCAAAAUAUAUUCAACAAGAGUAAUUCUAAAAAGAAGAAUGACUUUAAACCUACAUAUCAUAUACAUGAUAAAGAUGAAAGAUGGUUUGAUAUUGAAGAUUUCGAAGAAGCUUAUUUAACAUCUGUUCGAAAUGUUAAAACCAUAGCAAUUUAUCCACUUAUGAAUUUACCUAGAUUUUCAUACGAGAGAAAUACUCAUGAUAGUGGGUUUGAUGAAGGAGCCAAUAAACUUGGAUCAACUUAUGGAGGUUUCCAUAAAUGUUGUAUUGGUUCAAAUAAUCCAUUGCAAACAAGAUUAAAAGUCUUAACUGAUCGACUUGAAGCAUUAGAAGAACAAUUGAAUGAAAUUUAUCAAUCAAAUGAAACAGAUACAAUAAAAGAUUUACGUAAACGUAUUCUGUUUUUAGAAAAUGAGAUUGGUAAAGUUAAUCGAGGAUUAAAUUCAAAACUUCGUCGUGCCUCAACAUUAUCUGAUCUUGAUAAAUCUGAAAAAUUUCAUAAUAAAUUUACAUUUUAUUCACCACAAUUAAUUUGGAAUUUUAAUAAUAGAAAUUGUACAUUAAGAUAUAUUCAUUUUGUUAAAUUGAAAUCAUCGAUGAGGAAAUAUCUUUCAUAUAAAUCUAUUCAAACUUUGGAUAAAAUCAUGCAAAGGGCAAAUGAUUUAUUAGAUGCAACUGAUGAAUUAUCAUCAACUUCAAGUAUAUCACCAAUAAUGAGAGCAUUUACAAGGGAUGGUGGAUCAACAAGUGAUAGAAACUCAAGUUCACAACAAAGAAUUGCUAAUUUUAAUUCUAUAUUAAGAGAAAUUAAUCAAGGUGAAGAUUUAGUUGAAGAUUAUUUAAUUGAAAUUCUUAGUCCACAAAUUCAACUUCAAAGUGAAGAUUAUGAAGAUUCAGUAGUUAUAGUUUCUGCACCUUCCAUCAAGGGGAAAAUAUUGUCAAUUAUUGAUUCUGCUAGUUCAGAAGGAAAUAAUGAAGUUUUAUUAGAAACAAGAUAUGGUGGAUUGUUACAAGAUGCUAAUGUAUUUGUUCUUAAUAAAAAAGAUAUUCUUGGAAGUUCAUCAAUGUUAACGGUAAAUAAUCCAUAUGGUGCCAAAUCAAAUUGGCCACCAUGGUUAGGAUCAGAAAUUACUCAAAAUGGGAAAUGGGCUGGUGCUAAUAAUUUACUUAUUGAAGAUCUUUCAGUAAUGGUAUUAGUUUAUGAAAGUGAAAUUUUAACUAAAAAAGAUAAUGAUGAUAUCUCACCACUUAGGUUUGAGGUUGAUAUUCCAUCACUUGUUAUUACAUCCACUUCAAGUCAAUAUUUCACUUUGUAUGUCAUUAUUUUGAGUUUACUAUUUUAUAGUGAACCAAUGAGUAAAGUUAUUCAAGAAAAGAUUAAAAAGAUGAAAUUUUCAAUUGAUUUUGAAGAUUUAGGAGCAUUAAUUGGUAAAUUAACUGAGUUACAACAAUAUUAUCGAUUAUUAAAUACAUUGUCAUUUAAUUAUAGUUUCAGAAAGGAUAAAUUAAACAAUGAAGAAUUGAAUAAUUAUUUACAACUUAAUUUAGAAAGAGGUGAUAUUGCCAGUGAUGUAUUUUUAUUAUUGAAGACAUUAUUAACUGGAGAUUAUGCAACUGAUUCAUCUGAUACUUUACAAAUGACAUGGUUAAUUAUGGCAGAUGAGAUAAUUUUACAAAUUUUAGAAGAUGAUAGAACUCCAAUUAUGAAUAUUGCGUUGACUAAAGGAAUUUAUAAACGCAAAGAACUUGAAAGUGGAUCAAAUAUAAAUAAAGUACAUAUUGGACAAAUGAGAGGAUUCAAUUUGAUUGAAAAUGCAAAAUAUCCUGAUUUUAUUGAACCUUUAGAUAAAAAAUCUACUGAUAAUAUAAUUGAAUUAGAAUGGACUAUGAAUAAAUCAGUUGGAGGUAUUAAAGUUGUUGAAAAUGUUUCAGUCAAUGCAUCACCGUUAAAUAUUAAGAUUGAUGAAAUAACUGGUGAAAAAUUGAUGAGUUUCAUAUUUCAUACAAACAGUGGAGAUGAUGUUAAAGAUAGUAAAAUUAUAGCUAUUGCCAAUGAAAGAAAAGAAGAUGAAGUUACUAAAGAUUCAAAUGAUCAAGACGGUAAAAAUGAACAAUAUGGAUUAGUUUCUCAAAAUGAAGGUGCAAAUAAAGGUUUUGAUUUAGAGAAGCAACAACAGGAAGAGGAACUAGAACUACAACAACAACAACAAGGAGAAGAAGAAGUAUCUCAGAGUAGAAGUUUGGCAAGUAAAAGUAAACGAAAUUUAACGUUGUUAUCAGUUAGUGGUAAAUCAAUUGGGAAUGGUAAUAGUAGUAGCAGUAAUAAUGAUUUAAUUGAUGAAGAUAAAGAUAUUAAAAUUAUGGUUGAAAGAUCAAAGAAAUAUUUUUCAGUUGUUUCAUUAUUUAUUCAAGCUAUUUCAUUACAAGUUACGCUUAAGCUUAAUAAAGGUUUUAAAAGAGUACUUAAUGUUUAUGAUUUGAAAAUCCACUUACCUGAAUGGAAUAUUAGAAAUGAAAUUCUAUCAUUUAUGGAUGUUACUAAAAUGAUUCAAAAGGAAAUAACUAAAAUAAUUUUAAGUCAUAUUGGUAGAUUAAUUGCAAAUAAAUUCACCUAUACCAAAGAGAAAUCAAGAAAGAAAUUAACAAAAAGAUCAACUGUUCAAACAAUAAGUGAUGUUCGACAAGUAAUGGAUGAUACCAAUACUUCUCAAAUAACCAAAUAA